AAUAAUCUUUCCAAAAUGUUACGUCAUCUAAACUAUGACCUCGGAAAUCCUAUCUUUGGUCACCAAUGGCUGGCAAUGUGUGAUCACCGGUUCGUCACAUUAUCACCUAAUUUCGACUGAAUUUGAUCGUCGAUUUUGCUGUUAAAUGAUGGAAUUUGAAUGCCUGUCGAUCUGGUGUCCUCUCCUCUCUGAGACCUCUCCAGACAUUGUGCACGCCCUGACCAUGACCACCACUCCAACCAUCAUGGAGUAGGCCGAACUAAACAAGACGUGUGCAGGGGCAUUCUCACAUAUGCCGUCUAGCAUCAUGUGUCCACUGUACUGUCUGUAGAUCACCCCUAAUCUCUCAUAUUAUUCUGAAAGAGAGAAGGGAUUAAGAGCCAAAGUAGAGAGCAAAAGAACAUCCAAAGAAGUUCAUAUUUUUGUGGUUGCUUAUUUUUUUUGGAAGAGCAUAUUCAGGAAAAGAAAUAAUACUUUCUCAGUACCUGUUUUUAAAAAAAAAAGCAUUCACUAGAAACAAACAGGCUUUUCGAUAAUAUUUUUAGGUCAGGACAUCUGAGAAAACAAAGAUGGUAAAAUGAUUUUGUUUAUGGAUUAAGAAAUCCAAUAACUUUCAAUGAUUCUUCAAAGCCCUGCGGCCACUCCCGUCAAGAUGGCUUCAACGACGUCCGUCCAGAAUUGGCUGGGCCAGGAGCUAGAAACGAGGGGCGUUGACGCGGUGGUUUACACCCGCUACAUCCUGAGUAUCUUCCAGCAGGACAGCUUCGACCUGGAGCAGGACCCGGAGCUCGUGGUCGCCGCAGCCCAGUCUGUGGUCCCGCCGGCACCCCACAACCUGCACCCCAAGACAGGCCCGGAGGGUGGAGGAGGGGGCGGAAGCAGCAUUACCCAUGCUGGCAACCACCACCACCAGGCGCUACCGGGCAGGAAAGAGAAAGGGCGGGGUCGGUGUAAGGGGAAGAACCAUCACCUUCGAUGGCAGACUCCGGAAGAUCUGAAGAAGGAUGCCGUGGUGAAGUGCCUCCAAUCUGUUGCAGAGAAGGACUGUGGAAUUGAGGGCCUUGUCGAGGAGCUGUGUCUGAAGCUGAAGAAAGUCCAGGAGGAGAGGGAGGAAAACGCCACACCCCCACAUUCUCCGGACAACAACUCAGAGAAGUCCACAGAGAGGUAUUAUGAUGCCUUUCCAGCUUUGAGCGACAAGUCUGGAGCUGUUGCAGCAGACACCAAACCAAAAGGUGCAUGGAAAUCUAAAGCCAAACGCAACAACUCAACAGGCUCUAUCUCCAAUCCUUCCAGUGAUCGUGAACUGGAGUCGCUGCCGAAUAAGAGUGUAUCUGCCUCGGUCUCUCGCAACAGUCACUCUCCAGUGGAUUUCAAGAGCAAGCAGUACCAGCGAGCUCAAAGCCUUCCUAGCAGCCUCUCACGCAACCAGAACAGGAGUCCCACGUUCGUUGUUCCGAAGUACCAGGGACGCAAGGGACACCAUCGCAACUACGGCCACAGCCAAGACAAAGGCACAAAGCGCUACCAACGAGACUGGGAUUGGGGCAGUCGGGGUGAAAGAGUAGAUGGCAAGUACAAGAAUGUGGCCGGCAGGAAGAAAGGUGGCAUGUUUCCCGAGUGGUACAGUGAAAGCGGAGAAGGUCAAGCUGACUUGAAUCUGUUCCUGGAUGCAAGGGACUUUGGAGCAAGAGAAGAGGCUAGCCAGGACGUGUUCCUUGAGGCGAUCGGUGACAGUGCUGUCAAGGAAGAAGAGCGUCUGGAAGAGGCAGUCAACACGAUGGCUGAGACCCUGUGUCGCAGCAUCAUGGAGGAGUGUGACGAUGACAAGCCUUUUUCCAAAAGCUUAACUAUCCAUGGACUACUGACUGAUGAACAGGACAUAUAUAUGUUUGGAAGUGGGGACAGCUUGAAGGAUUGGUACGCAGGUUCCACAAGAACGGGUGACUUCGAACGUGAGGUCAGCAUGGCUCCCGUAGAUGUCGAUGGUCAACGCAAACUUUCAUCAUCCAUCUGGGAGAAGAAUCUUGUGCCAGGGAGUCCAUUGUGUGAAGACCAGCAGGAGCCCUGGGAAAACAAUGCAAGAUCUUGCCUGCCUACUGCUAGCAGCCCCCCAAGUACAUCAGUAUCAAGUGGUGCAGUUGAAGUCAACCAAGCUGGAAGUGAUCCAACCAGUCCAAGUAGCCUGCAGGGUGAUUCUGCACUUGAGGAACCUUCUGAUGCAACAUCGCUUACAGGAGAACUGAGAGUUGACAUCAACCACCAUCAUAUGGACAGUGCUCCCAUCUCGCCGCGCAAUGCUCCCAUCGGCACUGGACGCAAUAAUGACAGUCUCCUGCGUAUUUGUGACCACACCCAUGCACACUCCAAUCCGUAUGAUCCACAAGGACCAGGCACUCCCUCAGGAUGGGGAAUUUCCACCGACGGCUCCCAAGGACCUCUGCAGUCAACACCUAGCUUACCAGGCCUACCAAGUGACCAGUCCUUCAGUGCAGAUGAUGACAGCAUAGUACAAAGCAUUUGCUCAUCUCACAAAGAUGGUUCAAUUAUGAACCUCUCGGGUGAAGCUCACUCCCUGGAUAUGAAUAAUGCUCUCUGGGCGACGUACGAAUCUAAACAGCUGCAAGUUCUCCCUCCAAAAAUCGUGACGUGGGACGAAAGCAUAUUCUCAGGAUUUCAACCCAUGGCUAAAAUGUCUACGUUCAUUGAAGGUGGUGUCUAUGGCAGCCCAUACAGCAGUCAUAACAACAGUCAGUUCAACAGCUGCUCCACCAGUCCUUGUAAUGACAGCAGUAUAAGAGAACUCUGGGAGGGCUCUCACAACAGGGACACAACAUCAUCUGUGUGCUCCCUUGAAUGUCUGUUGAGUCCUCAGCCAUGCGGGGCAUCAUGCUGCUCUGUCCAGGAUGAGCAGAGUGUCAUUGAAGACAGUCUUGUGGACAGCCCAAAGUAUCUCUGCUCCCGAAGCUCAUCCCGAUUUGACUUUGCGAGAAGUGAUGCUGAGAACAGCGACAACUCUGCUGGAACUGAAACUGAUGAGAUGAUUUCGGAAGAUGAAUGGGUAGAGGAAGUUCCAAGAGAUGUGCCUGAUGUAAGCAAGAGGGGAGAUAAAGAUGAUACAGGGGAUCAAAGCGACAAUGACCGUACUCCAAAGGACAAGUCCCCUGGAGUGAUCCAUGAAGGAAGCGUGAACAGUCAGCAGGGUUCUUCUGCCAACAGCCAGCAAGGCUUCUGUGGAAGCUCUCUAGGAUCAGGCAAAGGCACUGUUGUCAGUCAGCACCUUCUGUCUGCAGAAUGGAAGAAGCAUCAGGGAAUCUCUUCUGUCAGUCCCGACAAAUUACCUUCUGUUUCAUCAAAGGGCAGUGCUGAGUUGACAAACUUAUCAGAACGACCUUUCAUUUCAGAAGAUUCUCACUUCAAGCCAAUUCAGCAUGAAUCCAAGACAGAACCGCCCGGAGUUUCUUCCGACGAGAAUGUGGAGUUUAAGCCUUUCGAACCUAGGAAAUACACCCGAAGCACGUCACAACCAGGUGGUCAGAACUAUGGCACUUCUUCCCAUCUUUCUGGAGGUAAUGUAAGUAACUUGUGGAAGCCAAUUCAAGGAUCUGCUCCUCAGGGUUACCUCUCCGGUGGGAACCAAGUUUCCCAACCCUCCAAGCCACCAGAGGACAGCACUGCCAGAAGCACCAGCCAGGCAUCGCAGAUACAUCCAGGUGGACUCUAUUCUGGUGGAUUUUCAGGAUCAGUCUCAAAGACUGGCCUUGCUUCAGGGUACCCUGCCCAACCUGGAGAUCCUGGAGGCCUUUGGAGGUGUACCUAUCCUGGAGGAGCUGGAGCUGAUAUCCGAGACCCAGGGGGUGGCCAUGGGGGAGGAGGAGGAGGAGGAGGAGGGUUCAUAGCAGACAACUGGGGAUUCUAUGGAGGCAGACCGCUUGGAAUGCAACUUGACCACGAUGCACCAUUGCUGUACCAAGAUGAAGACGAUACCUUUCUUCAUGAGGGACUCCUGGUAGACCAGCCGUUGGAAUCACAUCCUCCCCAAAGAUCUCAAGGCAGAUUCAAGAGAAGAAGUGGGGCCAACAGUGUCUGCAAGGAGUUCUUGGAAGGCUGCUGCACCAACAGCAUGUGCGGGUACUCCCACGACACCAGUCACGUGACCUGCGGCCAGUGGCUAGAAGGGAGAUGCGAGAGGGGCACCUUCUGCAAGUUCAUGCACGGAUACACCAGCAACAUGUCGUCUGAGAACAGUAGCAGAGCUUGCUCCAGGAGUGGGAGUACGGAUGAGACGGAAGAAACAUCAUGGGACCAGCAUCAGCGGGCGGCAUUCCCCGUCAUCCCGGACCUGAUGCGGUUGCCUGGAUACCAGGGCACCACCGGUGGACACGAUGCCGGUAGAUCACUCGGAGAGGGGGAUGGAGGAGAGCAUAUGCGUUCGUUACCUAUCAAUAUCUCCUCCAAAAACAGAUGACGAAGACUACGCUACCGUGACUGGUAGUACAGAAAUAAUAGCCUAUUUAUAUAUAUAUAUUGUAAUAUGUUUUAUUUAUAUGAUGUCAAUUACUUUAUCUGUAUAGGUAUCGAGAAAAAAAAAUCUUUAUGAUUAUAAACGUUCAAAAUAUACAUUUCAAGAAAACAAACAUAUGAAAUCUCUACGCUUGAGAGUUCACAGCGAUUAUAUGGAUGUACGUUUAUCUAGUUUUAUCUUGCAGCGGUCAGCGAAAGAUGUAACUUGGUUUUUCUUUCUUCUUAUGGGGACAACGAAUCUUCAGGUGAACAGCAACAUACAAAAUCACAUCAAAGAUUAAUAUAGAAUUAUGUAACUUCAAAAUGAGACAGCCUUGACAAUUUGUUUUGAAAAUCUCAUAUUUAGAGAAGAAUCCAGAGACUAUUUUGUUACCUAUUAAAUAUUGUUAAUGAAGGAAAGGGAAACUUGUGGAAAGAUACAAUCUUUCCGUUGUUUCUCUCAUCAGCACAUUCUUCAAAAAAUAGUGCUGAAGAAGGAACAAAAGGGAGAGAAAAACAAUGAUAAACCCAUUUUUUCUUCUCAUACCUAUGGGGGAUAGUCGUGACACAAAGAUAUUUUUCUAAGAAAUGUUGAAAGCUGUUAAAAAAAUAUUACUGUAUCAGAUACAGUGUGUAUUUUAUCUGUACAGUAAAAGUAAUGUGAAUAAGAAAGAAAUGAUUAUGGUGUGCGUAUAGCUUUGCACUUGGUCAUUUAUUGCACUUUUAUAGCAACUAUGAAAAUGAAAAACUUUAAUGCAUAUAUAUAUAUAUAUAUAUAUAUAUAUAUAUAUAUGUCAAGGGACAACGAUGGUCAUGGUCUUUUUAAAAAUCAAUAUGGGAUGAGGAAGACUUCAUACAAUAAGAGAAAUGUUAGGUGUUAAAAGGUCAUUAUGGUACUUGUUUUCCUUCAAACCUUAGGAUUUUGUAAUUUUAGAAUACAAAAUUGUGUCAAAAGUUUGAGAUUACGGAGAUGAUCUGUAUUAAACACUGCAAUUUUGGAAGAUGGACAGAAGUAUAGGUAGUAUUUUGUUUUUU